UUGUUUUGAGCUGCCCACCCAGCAAACUGCAACUAUUCCAAUUCUGGAAACAUGCAAAAAUUCAAACUCUUCUGCCACUUUUACUUUCUUUCCAGGGUUGGAUAGAAAGUAGGGUUUGGUGCAAAAUGCUGGUUUUAAGCAUGAAUUCGAAAAGACAAAGGCGGCCAAAUGUUAGGUUAGGGGAAAUUGGAGAUGUAUCUGCUGCUUUUGCAUGUGGGUUUUCUCAGAAGACUAAGGAAAGUUUGGUACAUAAAAGAUGGAAACCUGAUUUUCUCAACUCUCAAGAAAAUGAACUUCCUACUGCUGUUGAGUUUUCUAAAGGAAAUUCUCCAUAUUUCCUGAUUUCCGACCCUGGUGUUUCCCCAAGGAUAUCAGCUGAUUUGCAACAGAACAGAGAGAAUAAGAACCCAAAUUCUUCCAAAUUGGGUUUUGAUUUGGUCAGUGUUGAUGAAAUUGACAUGAUGAAGUCUAGUUUAAACUUCGGUACCAUAACCAGGAAGAGUAGGGUCAUGAAGAGGCGAGGGCGGAGCAGGGAAGGCAAUAAUUGUGCGUUUGACGGUGCUUGGACUUGGAGUUCUAAACUUAGCUCUCAAUUUAGCGGUGCAGAUAGAAAGGAGCGUGGUGAGAAGGAGUACAUGGGAAUUGGAUCAAAUGCUUGCACAGAUUAUUACCCUGUCAAUGUUUUUCGGGACAUAUCAGAUCAUGAAACACUGGCUACCAGCAAAGAUGCUUGUGAAUAUGAUGUGGAUGAACCUGGUUAUGAUAGUUGGCAACAAAGAAAUGCCGAUGAUUGUUGGAAAGAUGCUUGUUAUGAAGGAAAUAAUGUGUUUCUUAAAUCUGGUGAUGUAUGGGACCAAACGAGAUACACAUGUAACGAUGUAACUAGUGUCAGAAGAUGGUUGGAGGACCUGGGAUUUGGCAGGUAUGCUGGUAUUUUUGAAAUGCAUGAGGUUGAUGAGGAAAGUUUGCCUUUGCUUACUCUAGAUGAUCUCAAGGAGAUGGGUGUAUUUGCUGUUGGGCAUCGACGGAAAUUGUACACUGCAAUAAAGCAAUUAAGAGGAGGCGAUGUUUCUUCUUGAAAACUCUUCCAAUAAAUGUAGGUAAUCCUUCUCCUUUUGUGCUUCACUGCCCUUUUGUGCAGGAAAAAAUGUGGUAGACGUGUAUGUAACCUUUGGAGUUUCUAGCUUGUUUUUUUCCUCCAUGUUUCUUGACUGCUUUGUCAAUGAGAUAAGCUUAAGUGGUUCAUACUUUUAUAUUUUUGAUGCAUUUCUUAUCAGUGGCCUCUUGAAUUAUUAAAUCUCAACAUUAUUUGAACUAUGUGGUUGCUUUUGCUACUGUUAAGUAACAUUAUUUUUGGGUCUAGAUUAAAAUGCAAGUUACAUGAAAAUUUUCAUGAUAAUACUUGAUUUUGUCAUAAGUGAGAGCUAUAUCGAGAACCUCCCUUUCUAUAAUUAUCGGUGCAUGUGUUUUCUGUAGAAAUGGCAACUUGCUUCUUAUUUAGGCAUAUAAUUCAGAAUUAAGUAUAAUGCACACGUUUCCUCAUCUAUCAGUUUGAAAGUGUCAUAAGCGAUGUUGCAUUGCUGACUGUUAUAAUUCAGAGACAAGGAAAAAUUACAACACAUGUUCCUCUUUAGAACUUACAGGUCAACAUUGCUUAGCAUCAAUUCUUGUAAAGCUUAGGUAUGAAUUUUGUGUUUAAUGCUAGCCUUGUUGUCAUGAGCUUUGCAUCAAAGAUUAAACAAAACAUCAUAUUUUCAUUCCAAAUCUUAAUUGAUAAGUACUUGAGAAAUACCAUUUUCUUAGAAUUGUGGAUAAAAACUAUGUUUACGUGUCACUCUGUGUGUGUGAGUAAGCAUGGUAUGCCUCUUUUUCCAUUCUUUUUAGUGUUUGGAAAUAUAUUCUGAUAAAAAUAAGUAAUAAAAUACUAAAGUAUGCCUAUGAAUUGUCUUAAUCACUAACUUUUUAGUUAACUCUGUAAUUU